AGAAAUACUUAUACAACACACAAACUCCCGUCAAACUCCCUCCCAAAAUAUAACUCUUCCUUCCUUCCUUCUUUUACACAGCGGAAAACUGGAAAUGUUUUGCGCUUUCUCUUUACGUGCAAACUAACCAAACAAUCAAAACAAAACCAAAUCUUUAUGUCGAGUGCAUGCAGUAUGGAUGGAUUUCGAUUCCACUCCUUACGAAAACGUCUCGUUUUUUAGUUUUUGUUUCUGGAAAAGUAAAACGCGUUUGACUUUCAUCUUUUGACGGAAGGAAGAAAUAAUCUUUCAAGCGAAUGGGUCGUUGCCCGUGUUUUGGUUCGAGGAAGAAGGGAACCAAGCUCAACAACAGUGAUAAACAUGAAGAUGUUAUGAGGAUACACAAGCCUGAUCAAUCAUCUUCUGAUGUCACUCCUUUCAGUGCAAAAAUCAAUUCAGUGUCAAGACGGCAAAGGUCAGCUCCAAAAAAUGGGCCUAAUACCAAUCAAGAUGAUCACAUAUUCUCCUAUGAAGAGCUUGCAGCUGCAACGAAUAACUUUUCGGAAGACAACUUUAUUGGGCAGGGUGGAUUUGGAGCUGUUUAUAAAGGGCAAUUAAGUCGUACUGGUCAGCAGGCUGUGGCCGUCAAACAACUAGAUAAGGCAGGUGCUCAAGGGGAGAAGGAGUUUCUGGUAGAGGUUCUCAUGCUUUCUCUUUUGCGCCACCCUAACCUUGUGAGUUUAAUUGGGUACUGUGGCGAUGGGGAUCAGCGUCUUCUUGUCUACGAAUACAUGCCCCUAGGAUCCUUGGAAGAUCACCUCCAUGAUCUUGCGCCUGAUCAGGACCCUCUGGAUUGGAAUACGAGGAUGAAGGUAGCUGCUGGUGCCGCCAAGGGAUUGGAAUAUCUCCACAAUCAAGCAAACCCUCCUGUUAUAUAUAGGGACUUAAAAUCAGCUAAUAUAUUACUGGGUCCGGGGUUCCACCCAAAACUCUCAGAUUUUGGACUUGCAAAAUUUGGUCCAACUGAGGAUAAAUCACAUGUUUCCACUAGGGUCAUGGGCACCCAUGGUUACUGUGCUCCUGAGUAUGCCACAACUGGAAAAUUGACCAUCAAAUCAGACAUUUUCUGUUUCGGUGUAGUCUUGUUGGAGCUGAUUACUGGACGUCAGGCAAUGGAUGAUAGUCUCGGUCGUGAAAGAAUGCUUGUCAAUUGGGUACGUCCAAGGUUCAAAGACCGCAAGAAUCUUUUGCAGUUAGCAGAUCCAAUGCUGAGAGGACAGUUCUCAGAAUCUACCUUGAAAAAGGCUCUAAAUGUUGCAUUCAUGUGCAUCCAGGAGACUCCUUCUCUCCGUCCACCUAUCAAUGAAGUGGUUCUUGCUCUUGAUUACUUGGUGAAUCAUCAGUAUGACCCAAAUGAGGCCACCAAAAUUCCUCGUAAGAAGAAGUCUGAGCAUAGCUCUCCAAAGGAAACAACCAAGAUUAUAGACAAAGAUGCAGAAAGGGAGCGAGCUGUUGCAGAGGCAAGGACAUGGGGAGAAGCUUUAAGACGGGAAAGGUUGGAAAAAAAUGGAGAGUAGUUAUGAUAGGGUAAACAGUGUUAAGAGUUUAAUCCCACCUGUUGAAUCAUUUCCUCCGGUUGGGUGAACAAACCUCAGCAUGGAUAAUAGUUUGGAAGACAUUGCAAGGAUACUGAAGCAUAGCAAAGGUUUAAGUGUUGAGCACUGUGGAGAAAGUCGUAAGAUCAUCGUUAAAGCUGAUGCUGCAUAAUAAAAUGAGUAUAUAUCUUCACCAGAUUGACUUUCUUGCUGAUUGAACACCAUUAAUAUUAUCACUAUAGAAAGGGAAUAAGUUAUUUGCUAUCUCAAUUACUGCUAUAUAGCUCUGUGCUUCAGGUACUUCAACAUUUCUUUGCUUUAUGUGAAUUGUGUAUAAUUCUGGAAAAUAUAAAGGAAACUCCAGCUCUUGGUUUGUUCA